AUGUUUGUUUAAUAAAUUAUUAUUGUUGUAGCCCUUAUAUCAAAAAUUUAAAUGGUAACAUUUCUUCGUGAUUAUGGUUACCCUAUAAAUGAGAAUAAUACGAUAAGUUGCACUUAAUCAAAAUAAUUGAAUUACAAAUUUACAUUUUAAGAAUUCGAUAGAAUACCUUAAGUGAUUCUUAAUAUUUGGUAAUUGAAUAUGACCUAAGAUGAAAAUGAAGUACAAACAUCCAUUUCAUAGGUUUAAAAAUAAUGUAAAAAUUUAUUUACUUUUAAAAAGCAUUUAUUCUAAAUAUUGGCUGUCCAAAAUCAGGAAUAGUCAAAUAAUUACGACUUAAGUGGUUUGCCAUUGACGACUAAAGAAUCUAAGUAAUUAAUUGUUACAACAUGACUGAAAUUAAACGAAAAACAUUUCUACACAAUAACCCUAAUGCAUUGUCAGGAUAUGUGUCUAUUACAAGCAUAGGUUUUAAAGGCAAAGUAAAUUUUUAUCUGAAAGUAUUUUAAAUUCAAAUUUAGAUCUUAGAUUUAAAUACAACUUCUGUUACUAUUGAUAUUUUAGGUAACUAUGAAAAUGUUACUUAAUUGGGAUAUUAAGUCAUCUUAGGAAUAAAUGGAUUCUUUUAACAAUUAAAUGAUAAUUCAUUCUUUUAGAAUUUUACAAGCGAAAACCUUAAUUACAUAGUUAGAUCAAAUUAGACUCUCGCAAAUUGCUUUUAUGGAUUUGACUAUUAUAAUUCUGGAAAUUUUGAUUUCUUGAAUUCAAUGUAAGAGAGUUCUACAAAAAAAUCAUUCAAUUACAGCAUCCAACCAAGUAUUAAUUAAUUAUAAAUUUAUUUAGAUGGAGGUGGAAGCUAUAAUAGUAUAUUUUUCAUUAUGAUCAAAAUUUAAACAACUUUCUUACCUCUUUAGUUUUAGAAACUAUCAAUCAAACUAGUCAAAGCUAUUCCUUAAUAAUAUUAAGCAAAAAUUAUCAUUUCUAAUUAAGAAAAUGAUUAGAUUUUUUAAUCUAUUGGAGAAUUUCAAUUAAUUGUUGAUAAAUCAUUUGAUAAAGUUAAUCUAUUUACUUUAUUGCGAUGUAAUACUAAUUCAACAAUAUAAAGCAGUUUUAAUAAAUUUUAGAAAUCAAUAAUAUUAAAAUAAUUAAAUUUAACUCAUUAGUGUGAUUCAAAUUUAAAUCAAAUCAACUUUUAAUUGGUUCUAAAUAAUAUGGAUGAGACCCAUUAGGAAUUAAAAAUUACUAUAUCAGAGUUUAGUUGUUCAGUUUCACAAAUACUCUAUAAUUAAGUAAAAGAAGAGCUUAAAUUAUAUGAAAUAUAUAUACAAAAUUGA